AUGAGUCUACACAUCAUCACCAAACCCAGUCUACACAUAAUCACCACCAACCCCAGUCUACAUAUCAGCAUCACCAACACCAGUCUACACAUCACCACCAAACCCAGUCUACACAUCACCACCAACCAAAGUCUACACAUCAUCAUCACCAGCUCAAGUCUACACAUCAUCACCAUCAACCCCAGUCUAUACAUCAUCAUCACCAACCCCAGUCUACACAUCACAACCACCAACCCCAAUCUACACAUCAUCACCAACCCCAGUCUACACAUCAUCACCAAACCCAGUCUACACAUAAUCACCACCAACCCCAGUCUACAUAUCAGCAUCACCAACACCAGUCUACACAUCACCACCAACCAAAGUCUACACAUCAUCAUCACCAGCUCAAGUCUACACAUCGUCACCACCAACCCCAGUCAACACAUCAUCACCAUCAACCCCAGUCUACACAUCACAACCACCAACCCCAGGCUACACAUCAUCACCAUCAACCCCAGUAACGGAACGAGGAAGUUAAGUGAGGAGGAAGGAAGUCCGAAUGUGAACCCUCAUGUCAAUUUCCACGCCCUGGAGAAGAGGAACAAACUAACUGAAGCUAGAAAUUCAAGCAGUAUACCGAAGUCCUCCACCAGCUACUAA